UUAACAGAUAAAUACUACUGGGAGUACAAAUCGGUCCCGAGAAGGAAAAAAACAAAAAAAAAGAACAUCAUCAUGUUUUUGGUAGCACCAGCAGCGGUAAAAGCACCGAUACAAAUAGCAGCAUCCUUUACAUCGAGAUUCUCGCCUCUCUCGUUUUCUAAAUCUCGUUCGUGUUUAAACAACACUCUAUAUAAAACCAGUAGCACUCAUUUUACUGGUGCAUCGCAUCUCUCUGUAUCUACUACACCUCUUCGUCGUGAAUCUCGCUGUUUCGCUGCCAUGGCUACUGCUGAUGAUACUACUAUGGAUGCUGUUCAGAGACGCCUCAUGUUCGAUGACGAGUGUAUUUUGGUGGAUGAGAAUGAUCGUGUUGUUGGUCAUGAAAGUAAAUACAAUUGUCACUUGAUGGAGAAUAUUGAAUCCAAAAAUUUGCUUCACCGAGCUUUCAGUGUGUUCUUGUUCAACUCAAAAUAUGAGUUGCUUCUUCAGCAACGUUCUGCCACCAAGGUAACAUUCCCUUUGGUUUGGACAAACACCUGUUGCAGCCACCCUCUGUACAGGGAGUCCGAGCUUAUCGAGGAAAAGGCAUUAGGGGCAAGAAACGCCGCACAGAGGAAGCUUCUAGAUGAGCUCGGUAUUCCUGCUGAAGAUGUUCCUGUUGAUCAGUUCUUGCCUGUGGGUCGUAUUCUGUACAAAGCACCAUCUGAUGGCAAGUGGGGAGAACACGAAUUGGAUUACCUUCUUUUUAUUGUCCGUGAUGUGAAAGUAAAUCCCAACCCUGAUGAAGUUGCUGACAUCAAAUAUGUGAACCAAGAUCAACUGAGAGAGUUGCUGAGAAAAGCUGAUGCGGGUGAGGAAGGCUUGAAACUAUCCCCAUGGUUCCGACUAAUUGUGGACAAUUUCUUGUUCAAUUUUUGGGACCAUGUUCAGAAAGGAACCCUCAAGGAAGUUGCUGAUAUGGAAACGAUUCACAAAUUGACUUGAAAACAACAGAAUUGCUCUCCUAUGGAAAUUCCUGAUGAAUAAAACUAGUGCCUGGAAUUGCAUAGGGGUAGGUUAGGGUUUCAAUCCGAACUAGUAGGCACAUCUGUGACUUUUGUAUUUGAGACUAAAACUGCUGUCCACCGCAUAGGAGUAGUUCAGGAUUUUCAUUUGAACUCACUAUGUGAGUUUGCAACUUUUUUUAAAAAACUCUGUAUCAUCAGUUUUGACCUAUGGUAAAUGUCUUGGAUUGGAAGCUUA